AUGAGCCCUGCUGGUGAAGCCCAGCGCACGUCAAGCCAGACUGCCAAAUCGUCUGCCUUCAACGCGACCCAGGGUCCAGCUCGAUGCACCCCGCGCGCAAGCAAACGACGCGACCAACCGGUGCGCCCAGGCAAUUCGCCUGCACCUCCAACGAAGAAGCAAGCUGCGCCUGCAAGUCCCGAUCGCUCGGACUCAUCGGACACACACUCAGCGGGCGCACACGCGGCGUCCUCGCCGUCGGCGCCCUACCGUUCGACGGCGGCACGCUGUCGUAGGGGCAAAGGCCCGUUUAGAGCUAGGGCUGGCCGUAGCGGCUCAAAGGCCGGCAAGGGUCAAGGAAAGCAAGUCCCCGUCGAAGCGAAGAACGUCCGUGCGUCAUCUUCCAUCACUAGCAUCACUCUGGCGGACUUCCACCCAAGCUCCACCAUUUAUUGCGGCGGCGACGCCAUGUGA